AUGAAGUCAAUCAUAUUCUUUGGUCUCUUGGCGGUAGCUUGUGCUGCUCCUCAAGCACCAACAGAGCCUAUUCCAAUCUUGCGCCAGGACAGUCAAAUUAACCCUGAUGGCUCAUACCAGUAUGCAUACGAAACUGGCAACGGUAUAGCCGCUGAAGAGAAGGGAGAGUUGAAGAACAUUGGAGCUGAAGAGCCCGCUCUGCAAGUCCAAGGCCAGUUUCAGUACCCCAGCGAGGAGGGUGGCAACAUCCAACUGAGUUACGUCGCCAAUGAAAAUGGCUACCAGCCCCAGGGUGCCCAUCUCCCCACCCCCCCACCGAUCCCCGCAGCUAUCCAACGCGCUCUCGAUUUCCUCGCCACUGCUCCUCCUCAGCCACAAUCCUAA